GGAUAGAUCAGGAGUACGAGAAACCCGAACACCCCGAGUUGGUGUUGAAAACUGCGAAUGGGUCUGUGGAGGAGUGCGUGAAUUUGGUAUUGGAGAUGUUGGAAGACAAUGGUUUGAUUCCUAAAAACCUGUCUAACAACCAUCGGAAUAAUGGAUGGUCAAACGGGGACAUUUUCUCUGGAAGAAACGACGCUAUAGUUCCAGAACUGUUCGUUCCAGAAUUUAGGCUGAAGGAAGCCAUCAACGAAGCUCAAAAUAAUCCAAAAAUCGAUAUAGGAUUGAUCGACUUGCAAUGGAUACAAGUCCUCAGUGAAGGAUGGGCAUACCCUCUAAAAGGCUUCAUGAGGGAGAACGAACUACUACAGGUGCUUCAUUUCAAUACUAUAGAAAAGAAUGGAGAAAGAAUAAGUCAGAGCAUACCUAUAGUUUUGGCUAUAACGACUAAUGUCAAAGAGAAAAUAAGGGACAGCAGUUCUGUGUCCCUGUACUACAAUGGGGAAUUAUAUGCCGUGUUGAGAGAUCCAGAAAUAUACUUACACCGGAAAGAGGAACGUAUUUCCAGACAAUUUGGAACUACAGAGAAAGAUCAUCCGUAUAUCAAGAUGAUAUACGAAUCCGGAGACUGGCUUAUUGGUGGCGAUCUCGAAGUCUUCAAACCCAUCAAAUUCAACGACCACCUCGACCAAUACCGCCUCACCCCUAACCAGCUCAGGCGGAAAUUCAGCGCGAUGAGCGCAGACGCAGUAUUCGCCUUUCAGCUCAGAAACCCCAUCCACAACGGUCACGCGCUUCUGAUGACAGACACCCACAGGCAGCUCAGAGCUAGGGGUUACCGAAAGCCCGUUCUUCUUCUGCACCCUUUGGGCGGCUGGACCAAAGACGAUGACGUACCUCUCGACGUGAGGAUGCGCCAGCAUCGGGCAGUUCUGGAGGAGGGGGUUCUGGAUAGGGAUAGCACGGUGCUGGCGGUGUUUCCUAGCCCAAUGAUGUAUGCCGGACCGACAGAGGUCCAGUGGCACGCCAAGGCCAGGAUGGUUGCCGGAGCCAACCACUACAUAGUGGGCAGAGACCCUGCCGGGGUGCCCCACCCCCGGGGCAGAGAAGCCACCCCCGACGGCAACCUCUACGAGGCGACUCACGGCGCCCGCGUGCUGAGGAUGGCUCCCGGGCUCGAUACGCUGGAGAUCGUGCCGUUCAGGGUGGCCGCCUACGAUUUGACCAACAUGCAGAUGGACUUUUUCGAGCCGGCGAGGAAGGACGAGUUCGAUUUCAUUUCUGGUACCAAGAUGAGGAAAUUCGCGAAAUCGGGGGAAGACCCACCAGAAGGUUUCAUGGCUGCGAAAGCAUGGAAGGUCAUUGCCGAUUACUACCAAUCGUUGAACAAAGACGACAAAUGAUUACCUACUCUUGAUAUACUUUACGUUUUGUACAUAAUUUUAAGCUGUAAAUAAUAAUAUAUAUUCA